AUGUGCAACACCAGCUGCUACUUCGGCUGCCAGGCUGCCUGCUGCGUGCCUAGGCCCUGCCAGGCGUCUUGCUGUGUGCCUGUGAGCUGCCGGCCCACUGUGUGCAUGCCUGUGUGCUGCAGGCCCACUGUGUGUGUGCCUGUAAGCUGUAAGCCUGCCGUGUGCAUGGCCCCCUCCUGCCAGUCCUCCGGGUGCUGCCAGCCCUCCUGCCCCACCCUGCCCUUCAGACCCGUCUCCUGUAGCACCCCUUCCUGCUGCUGA